AUGAUUGAUUGGUUGGUGGAAAAUCAGCAUACACCAAUUACUGGCUUUGAGCAGCUCAGCAAAGGCCAACUUGUCUGUGGGACCGUCAUCCGAAAACAUCCAAAAAUGGGCUACUUUGUUGAACUGGCUGGUGGUUCAGCUUUGAGCGCACCAGCACGUUUUGUCCAUGCAGAAAGAAUGCCAGCUUCAGCACAGGAGUUGCAAAUUGGCCAAACUGUUGUUGCGCGUGUUUCGUCCAUUGAUCCCGAGAGGAAACGAUUCGCGUUAAUUCUUGAUGUUGGUUUUUAA